CGGCAAGAUUCCACGUGGUCGAAGCGUCGCCUUGGACCGAUGUUGCUCUGCGCUACGCUCGUCCUCGCCUCCGCCGCCGCGAGCCAAAGCCUCGCCAUCGGCCGGAACGCGCGGUCGUCGAAUGCGACAAGUGUCGCCUACGCCGACGUCUUUACGGGCGUCGAGGACGCCAACGCGACGCACUCGCUCCACGUCAUCACGCAGGUUCAAUUGACCAAUUUUGAGUUCAAGUACGACUCGAUUCCGGGGCGCCGACAGCUCGGCGUGAUUGGCUCGCCCUUGUUGCGCACCCUCUUGCCCGAGGGCAUCCACGUGUACCCCGAGCGCCAUGUGUACAGCCAAGAAAAAGAGAAGAUUGCGAUUCAAAACUUCCACGCGGUCGACAAGGAUGCGCUCUUCAUGCACAACGUGGCCGCGACCCAAGUGUUGAUUCGGCGCCAAGGCGACGCGACGGCCGAGGCCCAGCGGCUCCAGCGGCAGCUUGACGACGCCGCUGCCCGUCUCGAGACGCUCCAAGUGCAUCUGGAUCAAGAAGCGUCUGCGGUUUUGAUUGAGCAGCGGAAAAUCGCCGAGGCCACGCGCGAUACCGCCCAGCUUGAGCUUGACACCGUGUCGGCCAAAGCGGACCAAGAGCGACAGACACUGACCGUCGCCCAUGCGAACGCACUGGCCCUUGCCGAGCGGGAGAACGCGCUCGAGCUGGAGCGCAUUCGCUUUGACGACACGCAGCGGCGCGACCAAAACAAGGAGCUCGUGGACAUGCAAGAAGCAUCCAGUGCUCGCAUCGAGCUCAAGCGCCGGGAGACCGAAGCCAUCUUGAAGGAGCGGCAGCUUGAAGCGGAUAAGGAACGCAUGUGGCUCGAGCGCAACACGACCUUGGAGAAGGCCGUCAUUGACGUCGAGGGACGCAUCAAGCAGCAGCGCAUGAACCAAGACAUUGAAAUGGCCCAGCUCCAUGCCCAAUUUGAAGCCGAGAAGGACAAGGUCAUGACGGCGCUCCAAGCGACGUUUGAUAAUUUGGGCGCCGGCGCACUCGUCUUGCUCUCCGACACGGACAAACUGCUCAAGUUUAUCGGUUCCUUUGUCGCGCUUGCGUUUGGCAUCUACCUCACCCGCGAGUGCAUUCGCAUUGGUGGCCAGAUCAUCGAGCAACGUCUCGGCAAACCGUCGCUGGUGCGAGAGACGUCGCGCCGUGGCGGCUUCAUCGGCUGGGUGCGCAGCUUCUUUGCGGCGCCAAUUGGCACAGAGCCGCUCUCGGACGUCGUGGUCCACGCGGCCCUUGAAACGCGCUUGUACGACUUGGCCAAGUCGACCAAAAACGCGAAAAAACAUGGCGCCCCCUACCGCCAUCUGCUGCUGUACGGCCCCCCAGGGACGGGGAAGACCAUGGUCGCCAAGCGCCUCGCGAUUUGCUCGGGCAUGGACUAUGCCAUCAUGAGCGGUGGCGACGUCGGCCCCCUCGGCAGUGAUGCGGUCACGGAGCUCCACGCGCUUUUUCGGUGGGCCCAAGCCUCCCCACGGGGUGUCUUGAUCUUCAUUGACGAGGCCGAAGCCUUCUUGGGCUGCCGAGCAACGCGCAAAACCCACAUGAGCGAAGCCAUGCGCAACGCGCUUAACGCAUUGCUCUUCCACACGGGGUCCCAAACCAAACACUUUAUGCUGGUGAUCGCGACCAACCGGCCCGAGGACCUCGACACGGCCAUCACCGACCGCAUUGAUGAUGCGCUGCACUUUGAUUUGCCCGAAGCCAACGAGCGCGUCCGCCUCCUCCGCCUCUAUUUCGCCGACUGCGUCGCGGCGCUUCCCGGCGGCGACAACCCCGAGUGCACGGCCAUUCUCGACAAAGCUGGGCCGGCCACGCAAGGCAUGAGCGGCCGCGAGAUUAGCAAGAUGAUGCUCUAUCUCCAAAACAUGGCGUAUGCCCAAGACGAGGUCGGGAUCUCGCCCAAGCUUGUGCAGCGCGUUUUGACCGAGAAAAUUGAAGAACACAAGCGCAAGGCGGACCUCAAGUCGUACAAGGACGAGUCGUAAUCCCGCACUCUUCAUUCUCUCGACAAGUACAAAGAAAUCUCGCGGUUAAAACCCAGUAUUGUCCAUCCGCCUAACACUCGACUGUAUACAUCCAUGCCAUGAUCACCA